GGAGGGGGAGCUUUCCUCACCUCUUACGCUUUGCUGACGGAUAAAGAAAAUUUUCCCUAAAUAGUGGAAGACUAAAAAAUAUGGAUACCUUGGCUUUACAUCACUCUUGGCUUCUUCUGCUAAUUAAUUACUAUUCAACAUUGCUAAGACGCUACUACUACUUGCUACACUCUGUCACCGAGUUCUCUCCACUUUUCUUACACAUUCAAUGUUCACAUUUCACACGUAGAAUUCCUUCUCUAUAUUUCUAUAUAUACAUGGAAUAAUUUGAUCAAAGUGUAAUCCAAUUAUUUGAAAAGACAUGGAAGCCAUUGGAGAUAUCUUGGUGCUCCCAUUUUACGGUCAAGGUCAUCUCUUCCCCUGCAUGGAACUCUGCAAAAAGUUGACAUGUUUCAACUUUAAAGUCACCCUUAUCAUCCCCUCCCACCUCUCCUCCUCCAUUCCACCACACGUUCGUCAUCAUUCUUUAAUUCAAGUAGUUGAGAUUUCAGGUACAUCAACUCCCCCACCACCACACAAGGCAAUAGAAUUACCAGCUUUGCCACCAAAUGAAAAAGGAGGACAUGGUUUCAUGCAUGGGCCCUUUUCGCAUGACCAUCAGCAGUUAGGACAGGGGAUUGAUACCUUCCUAUUGAAACGAUGCAACGGGGCGGGCCAGACCCGACCUAUAUGCGCCGCGGUGGACGUCAUGAUGAGCUGGAGUAAGGAAAUUUUCUUGAAAUAUGAGAUACCCUUUGUCUCUUUCUUCACUUGUGGUGCAUGUGCUGCUGCAAUGGAGUUUGCAGCCUGGAAAAACCAUGCGGAUGAGAUGAAAGGGUUGCCUGAAAGUAUGGCUCUUGAUAUAAAGCGAAACCGUCAUCAUCCUGGUGGUGGUCCAAAUAGACAGAAUGAACCAUCAGGUGGAGUAGAAGAUGGGCCUCAAAAACCACGAUGGUUGGAUGAGGUGGAGGGUUCUAUUACGUUGUUGAUCAAUACCUGUCAUGAUCUUGAGGGUCCAUUCAUUGAUUAUGUGGCCAACCAAAUUGAAAAGCCAAUAUGGUGUGUAGGCCCCUUGUUGCCAGAGACGUAUUGGAAAUCAACUAGUAGUUCAAUACUACACGAUCAUGAAGUCAGGUCAAACCGACAGUCCAAUUUUACAGAAGAAGAGGUGAUGCAAUGGUUGAACUCAAAAUCUCAGGGAUCAGUGAUUUAUGUGUCCUUUGGUAGUGAAGUUGGACCUAGCUUGGUAGAAUAUGCUCAACUAGCUGAUGCAUUAGAGGCAUCAAACCAUCCUUUUAUUUGGGUUAUUCAGGCCGGUUCAGGUAGACACUGUCCACCUCCAGGUCUCUUUGGAGACGGUCAACAAGAAGAAGGAUAUUACCCACAUGGACUGGAUGAAAGAAUAGGGAAUAAAGGGUUGAUAAUAAAGGGAUGGGCACCGCAGUUGUUGAUUCUAAGCCAUCCUUCAACUGGUGGGUUUCUGUCGCAUUGUGGAUGGAACUCAACAAUGGAAGCAAUAGGACGUGGCAUCCCAAUUUUGGCAUGGCCAAUCAGGGGUGACCAAUUCCAUGAUGCCAAAUUGGUAGCAAAUUACUUGAAAAUGGGACAUAUGAUUUUACUCGGUGAUGAACCGGGAGAGAUGGUGAAGAAAGAUGACAUAGUUCAAGGAAUUGACAAGAUGAUGAAAGAUGAAGGGGUUCAUAAGCAAGCAAUGGCAUUAAGAUCCAUAUUCCAGAGUGGUUAUCCAGAUAGUUCAAUGUGCUCUUUUAAGUCAUUUAUUCAGCUCAUAAGCAAAUAAUGUGGAAAACUACAUGAUUGGACAGCGCUUCCGUUUCCAAAUAGAACAGAGAGAAGCACACAAUAGAUACACCUGAAUAAAGGGAAAUAUGCGAAUCCCAGUUAUUAGCAUUUUGGUAAUGCAUGAGACUAUAAGUUGGACUUUACGACAGUAUAGAGGUUAGACAAUCUCAGUAAUAAAUGAACAAGUUUGUGAUUCUCCAUACAUGUUUUGUUUCACCUAUGUGAUUAUACAAGCUAAGAAGCCUACUAAGUUGGAGAAAAAAAUAAAAAAGAUGCAAGACAAGGAAAAAAGUGUCACAGCAAUCCUUUCAUUUUAUUUUAUUUUUUGUUUUUUCUCGAGGGGAAAUGUUUUCCUUAAUCAUCAACCACAUUGAAACGUAUAAUAUCCCAGGAAGAAGAGAAACAACAAAAGACAACCUCGCUGAACGGUUGCACCAAUCUUAUUUCAGGAAAAAGAAAGGAGGAAAGGAAAAAAAGAGUUAUCUACCUACAAUUUAAUUCACCAAAUCUAUGCUAUCUAAUGGCUAUGAGCAAAACCUCUACCAUGCAGAUACUGUUAUAGUCCAUUGCAAGGUAUGAGACUUGAGUCCCACAUCGGUAUUGCAAUGUGCCGAUGUGGUGUUUAUAUAGCCUUGGGCUCUCCCACUUUAAUAGCUAGCUUUUGAGGUGUGAUUCUCCUUGGGUUGUAUCAAUGGUAUCAGAGCCACCCACUGCCCUCCGUGCACACCAUGCCAUGGAUGGUGACACCGGUAUUGCAGUGUUCGCCCGGGGCUAGAAAAGUCUAGCGCACAAUCGUCGGGGACGACGGAUGCGGAGCGUGGUGGUUUGUUAUGGUCCAUUGCAAGGUAUGGGACUUGAGUCCCACAUCGGUAUUGCAAUAUGUUGAUGUGGGGUUUAUAUAGCCUUGAGCUCUCCCACUUUAAUAGCUAGCUUUUGAUGUGUGGUUCUCACUGGGUUGUAUCAGAUACAACUAGAACUGCGCCUUACAAAAAAAAUCACACUUCCUACAAUUUUGUACAUAGAUGAAAUUUGCUGCUCUAACCACAAGAGUGAAAGACCUUUAGUAUUAGAAAACCAAUCUAUACAGCCUAUAUACAAAAUAUAGCCUCCAUCUGAUGUUCUAAAAAAAAAAAAAAAAAAAAAAAAAAAA